AUGAGUCUUCACCAACCACCAAACUUCAGCUCAACCAUCUGCGGCAAUUCUCACCCCAACUGCCGACGACGUCUCCCAGCAAUCCUACGCGUUGUACCUGUAGCACUACCAGUCAGUGGUGAUCUAGUGCCAGUGGCAUUACCAGCAAUUGUGAUCGGUGGCAUCGUCGAUCCUGCUCGGGUUGCUGGCAUCGUUGAUCCUGCUCGCGUUGCUGGCAUCGAAGAUCCUGCUCGGGUUACCGGCAUGGUCGAUCCUGCUCGGGUUACCGGCAUCGUUGAUCCUGCUCGGG